AAUCCUUUGAUCGAUGGGGAUCAUUGAGUUGGUCCAUUGUUUGCUUCUUGUCACCAAGUACUUCACCCCUCUUCAUUUAUGUGGCUUCUCCUUUUGUUGCAAGCCAAAAAAUAUCCACCUUCUGACUUCUUCACCGCUUCUGACAGACUUAGCAAGGCUACAAUAGCCCCAAUCUUACUCAAAUGUGCGAUUGUUGCUCCGCUUUUGGUCGCUGUAAUGUCUCAGCCAACGCGUAACCCGUUGCCUUUUCCUGUAUUAUUCGGACUUCGCAAUCAGCUUCAGCCUACCCGGUGAACAUACUGAAAUGAUGGAAGCCUUUCAUGCCAUAAGAAUUCGCUGUCUUGAACUUUCUCAUGAGCG